AUGAAGGGUAGGGGUUCCCCUACCUGCUAUCUGGAAUUACCUCUAGGCUCUUCGAACACGGAUAUUGGUGUUUGGAAUUCGGCCGUUCAUAGGGUAGAGAAGAGGCAAGUUGAAAGGUUUCAAAAAAAUCUCCUUUCGAAUGUGGCGGAUGGGACAAAGAAAUUUCAUUUCAUUCAUUGGAAGACCGUGGCAUAUCCUAAAAUGUGGGGAGGACUAGGGGUUACGAAUUUGAAGGUUUUUAAUAAAACACUUUUGGGUGGCAUAGAGAAGACAACUACUCCAGCUAAGAUAUUUGACAAGAUAGUUGUCAAUUUGAGGGAAAGAGAAGAAUUUUUUGAGGAAAUUCUUGACAAGAUUUCUGUUGUUCCAAGUAUUGCAAAAUAUCACGUGGGAAUCAAACCUCGUAUAGAGAAAGUAAAAUCAUUGUUGAAUGUUGAAUCUGGCGGUGUUUAUUUUGUCGGGUUAUGGGGGUUGGGUGGUGUAGGGAAGACAACCAUUGCAAGUGGAAUUUUUGAUGAGAUCUCUUCUCAAUUUGAAGGAUCUUGUUUUCUUGCAAAUGUUUGGAGUGUCUUAAAAAAGAGUGAGCUGGAAGUCCUACAACAUUUGCAACAGAAGCUUCUUUCACAGAUCUUGAAGAAAGACUCCGUGAAUGUACCAAAUUUUGCCACAGGAGACGAAAUGAUAAGCCAAAUGCUUCGCUUCAAGAAGGUUCUAAUUGUUCUUGAUGAUAUGGAUGACAGCCAGCAACUGGAAUAUUUAGUUGGAAAGCGUGAUUGGUUUGGUGAUGGCACUAAGGUCAUUACAACAACUAGAAACUUGGAUUUACUUAGCAAGCAUGAUGUGCUAUAUCGUGUUCCAGAACUGACUAACCAUGAGGCUUUAGAACUUUUUAGUUGGCACGCCUUUCAACAAGGAACUCCGGUUGAAGGCUUUGAAGAGCUCUCGUGUUGUGUAGUAGAUUAUGCUAAAGGCUUACCCUUAGCUCUAGGGGUAUUGGGUUCUUUUCUCUACAAACAAGGUACAGAAGAGCACAUAAAUGCCUUAUAUAGAGGCAAAGAUUUCAGAGAUGGGAAGAUUGUUAGGUUACUCAGCUUAAGUCUAGAUGCAUUAGAUGACGACUACAAGAAUAUGUUUCUUCAUAUUGCAUGCUUCCUUAGAGGAAAAAGGAAAGAAGAUGUGGUUACUGUGCUGGAUGAGUUGGUCGAUAGUAGGGAUUGA